CUCUUCGCGCUUUCCGUAGCAGGUUGUAUUCCCUGCCAACAUGGCUGCCAUCAGGAGUGGGGUGACUCCGGGCUGCUUAGCGAGGUGUUUUCUGAGACAAACUGGAAAACCGAGCCGAGGCAGCCAUCCUCUUUCAGACACAUGGAACCACCGGUUGCUGCAGAGGUCCCACCUGCACACAGUGUUUGAGUGCAGCAGUCCGACCACAAGGACUCUGCUGGGCCGGAGACAACAUGGAAAGUUGCUGUGGGUGAACGCCGUGGCAGUCAGACACAACAGCUCACAGAUCCCAGUCGAAACUGUUUCCGUGGCAGCACCAGUAUCGGACAGCUCUGCUGCUCCUCCAGUUUUGGGGCCCGCUGACCCCACCCCAGUCAUAACGCAGCCAAUCAUUGAGCAGGCGGCCGACGCUGCACCGACUGCGGUGGAGGUCCUGCAGGCUGCGGCUACAGAUCCCACUUUAGCAGAGCUGGGACUCGCCGCCCACACACCAGUGGGACUGAUCCAGAACUUGUUAGAGUUCAUGCAUGUGGAUCUAGGUUUACCCUGGUGGGGAGCCAUCGUUGUCGGAACAGUGAUCGCUCGUAUGGCUGUGUUUCCAGUCAUAGUGAAGGGCCAGAGGGAGGCGGCCAAGCUAAACAACGUCAUGCCCGAGAUGACCAAACUCACCACCAGGAUGACUGAGGCCAAACAGAGUGGAAACAAAUUUGAAUUUGCCAAAGCCUACUCCGACCUGAACUUGUUCCAGAAGAAGCAUGAUGUGAAUCCUCUCCGUGGCUUCCUGGUUCCUUUGGUGCAGGCACCAAUCUUCAUCUCCUUCUUCAUCGCACUGAGGAAGAUGGCCUACCUGCCGGUGCCCAGCAUGCAGACAGGUGGCGUGCUCUGGUUUCCAGAUCUGACGAUAGCAGAUCCUUUAUACAUCCUGCCUUUUGCCGUCACUGGAACUAUGUUCUUUAUCCUGGAGCUGGGUGCAGAGUCUGGUGUUGACAACCCCAAUCUGAAAGCCAUGAAGACUGUGUUCAGGAUCAUGCCCUUCAUCAUCCUCCCUCUCACCAUUAACUUCCCCACAGCUGUUUUUACAUACUGGUUGACCUCCAACUGCUUCUCCUUGGGUCAAGUCGCUCUGCUCAGACACCCCUUCAUCAGACAGAAACUGAGGAUCCCAGAUAGGAUCAAACACCCGGAGUCCGCGCUGCCUCCAAAUGAAGGCUUAAUUGAAAGCAUGAAGAAGGGCUGGAAGAAUGCUCAGCUGGCCCAGCAGCUGGAAGAGAGGGAACGAAGGAUCAAGAACCAUCUGGACCUCGCUGCCAAAGGUCCACUGAGGCAGACUUUUACCCACAAUCCUCUCCAGCAGACGCCUCCCAUAGGCGCCGCAUCAGCUAAAGACAAGACAGCCGUUGGCAAAGCGAGGCCAUGGAAGGACACUAUUGGAUAAAUCAGAGAUAAAUCAGAGUGGCUGAGUGUUUGAGAGUAUCAUGAAUUAUGUACAUAUUUAUAGAUGCAGGAGAAGGAGGGAAAAGAUGACAGGGUGGGUAAGAGUUGUCAUUGUGUAUGUGUUAUUCUAAUUAAAAUGUAAAAUCUGCCUCAAAACAA